UUCACGAACAUGACUCUUCACAUCUCUCUCUCCAACUCUUCCCUUGAACAUUUCCUCCUCUCAAAGAGCUAAGAGUUAGAGAGAGAGAGAUAGGAUGGCAAUUAGGGAAAUCAAAGAUGUAGAGAGGGGUGACAUAGCAAAUAAGGUUGAGGAUCUAGGGAAACCAUUUUUGACGGAUCAAGAUGAUGAAAAAGAGAGUGAGGUUAAUGAAUCCUACUUGAUGGUUAUCUUCAGCACUUUUGUUGCUGUCUGUGGCUCCUUUGAGUUCGGCUCUUGUGUUGGAUACUCAGCGCCUACUCAGUCAUCUAUCAGACAAGAUCUCAAUCUCUCCCUUGCAGAGUUCUCCAUGUUUGGAUCCAUCCUAACAAUCGGUGCAAUGAUUGGUGCUGUCAUGAGUGGGAAAAUUUCAGAUUUCUCCGGCCGAAAAGGGGCUAUGAGAACCUCAGCUUGCUUCUGCAUCACGGGUUGGCUCGCUGUCUUCUUCUCCAAGGGUGCUUUGUUACUUGAUGUAGGAAGGUUCUUUACAGGAUAUGGAAUUGGAGUUUUUUCUUAUGUGGUCCCUGUGUACAUUGCUGAGAUAUCUCCCAAGCACCUCCGAGGUGGGCUCACAACACUGAACCAACUCAUGAUUGUGAUCGGCUCAUCCGUUUCUUUCUUGAUCGGAUCUCUCAUUUCUUGGAAAACUCUUGCCCUGACCGGAAUUGCUCCCUGCAUUGUUUUGCUCGUUGGAUUGUGCUUCAUACCCGAAUCACCUCGAUGGCUGGCAAAAGCAGGCCGUGAGAAAGAUUUCCUUAUAGCCCUACAAAUGCUGCGGGGAAAAGAUAUAGAUAUCACAAAUGAAGCACAAGGUAUCCAAGGCUCGAUUCAAGCUCUGGAAAUUCUUCCAAAAGCAAGAAUCCAAGAUCUUGUUUCCAAGAAAUAUGGUCGAUCUGUCACCAUUGGUGUUUCCCUGAUGGUAUUCCAACAAUUUGUGGGAAUCAACGGGAUCGGAUUCUACGCAAGCGAAACGUUUGUAAAAGCUGGAUUUUCUUCUGGGAAGCUCGGAACAAUCGCUAUCGCUUGUGUUCAGGUCCCCAUAACUGUUCUUGGAACAAUCUUGAUAGACAAAACUGGAAGAAGGCCACUAAUAAUGAUUUCAGCUGGUGGUAUCUUCUUGGGAUGUAUUCUCACAGGAACAUCUUUCUUCCUCAAGGGACAAAGCCUGUUGCUUGAAUGGGUUCCUAUGCUAGCCGUUGGAGGUGUACUUAUAUAUGUAGCUGCUUUCUCCAUCGGAAUGGGACCUGUUCCUUGGGUGAUAAUGUCGGAGAUAUUUCCCAUAAACGUGAAGGGGGUCGCAGGAAGCUUAGUGGUACUGGUGAAUUGGUCUGGUGCUUGGGCUGUUUCUUACACAUUCAACUUCCUCAUGAGCUGGAGCUCUCCAGGUACAUUCUAUAUAUAUUCUGCUUUUGCAGCCAUGACGAUAAUCUUUGUGGCUAAAAUGGUCCCUGAGACGAAAGGGAAGACAUUAGAAGAGAUCCAAGCUUGUAUCCGCAGAGAAACAUAAGCUGGGAUUUAUGGGAAAUUUAUCAAAUCGAGUAGAGCUUUUUUUACCGGUGUUGAGCUCAAGACGGAGUAUAGUAAAAGUGUCACCCUCGGAAGAUAAAAGUCCGACUGACGAUGAUAAGGUUUAUGCAUUGCACGAAUGUAUUUAGAAUAGGUUUUUAUUUGUAUUUUUAUUCACGUUUAAGUUAUACUACAAUAAUACAAUAUCAUCAAUUUUAGGUUUUGAUUGUUAGAUGGUGAUGUUAAAUGUUUCCACAUGCUAAGAGCAUAAUUAUCGGUGGGUUAUUAGAAGGGGAGUUCUUAAAUUUUUUAUGAA